CUAAUUUCAAGGACCGACAACUCUAGGUGGACACCUAGUAUACUUCCUUUUCCGGUAUAAUUCGCCAUCAUGGGUAUAUCUCGUGAUAAAUGGCACAAGAGGAGGAGUACUGGUGGGCGUAUGACCCAGAUCCGUAAGAAGAGGAAGUUUGAACUGGGUCGCCCUGCUGCCAACACUAAGCUGGGAACCCAAAGAAUUCACACAGUGCGAACUAUGGGUGGCAACAAGAAGUUCCGAGCCCUCCGUCUUGACACAGGAAACUUCUCUUGGGGGUCAGAGGCUAUAACAAGAAAGACGCGUAUCAUUGAUGUCAUUUACAAUGCCAGUAACAAUGAACUGGUCCGAACCAAGACUCUGGUGAAGUCUUGUAUUGUGCAGAUUGAUGCCACCCCAUUCAGACAGUGGUACGAAGCUCAUUAUGCCAAGCCCUUGGGAAGGAAGACUGGAGUAAAAUUGGCAGAAAAAGAGGAAGCCGUGCUGAAAAAAUUAGAGAACGCCUCCAAGAAAUUAAAGAAAAAGUACAGUGAAAGAGAAAAGAUGGCCAAAGUAGAGCACGCCUUGGACGAUCAAUUUACAGCUGGACGAGUGCUAGCUAAAGUGGCAUCCCGCCCAGGACAGUGUGGCCGAUGUGAUGGAUACAUUUUGGAGGGAAAAGAACUCGAGUUCUAUCAGAGAAAACUUAAGACGAAAAAGGGAAAAUAAACAUGUGAUGCCAUUAUUUAAAAUAAAUUUAAAAAAAACUUCA